AUGGCGUAUGGCGACCCUGAACCAGUUCUUCAAAACGAGUACGAUUACAUAGUGGUCGGUGCUGGUCCUGCCGGGUGUGUCCUGGCCAAUCGCCUGUCGGAAGAUCCCACCAUCUCAGUGCUUCUGCUAGAGUUAGGGAAACCGGAAAUCUCAACAAUUCAAACCGUGCCCGGUGCCGUCUCGUUCCAGCCGUCGACGGACUACAACUUUGGAUAUCUUACGGAGCCUCAACGGGGGGCGUGUUUAGCGACGGAAGGUCGCCGGUGUGCCUGGCAUGCCGGACGUGGACUUGGUGGUUCCACCAUCAUCAACGUGAUGGUUUAUACGAGAGGGAAUCGAAGGGAGUUUGACGCGUGGAACCUGACCGGUUGGAGCUACGACGAAGUGCUUCCGUACUACGAGAAGGUUGAAGAUGCAAAGGUUCGAGACUUUGAUGAGAUGCGCGGAACAGGUGGUUAUUUGCCGGUAGAGAACUCUCCGUACAGAACGAAACUGGUUGAUGCGUUCGUGGAGAGUGGUCAACAGAUUGGUCUACCAUUCCUGGAUUACAACGGCAAGGAACAGUCUGGGAUAUCUUACGCUCAGUUCACGAUGCAACAGGGAAAGCGAUGGUCCGCUGGAAGAGCGUACUUGAACCCUAUCCAGGAUCGUCAAAAUCUGCACGUGCUGACCAAAGCUUGGGCAACCAAAGUGCUGAUUGAUGAAGCUACAAAAAUGGCAUUUGGUGUCGAGUACACAAGAAAUAAACAAACUUUUAGAGUUGCAGUAAAACGGGAGGUGAUUCUCUCGGCUGGGACGUUUGGUAGUGCAAAGCUGUUGAUGUUAUCUGGCAUAGGACCAAACAAUCAUCUGUCUGAGCUAGGAUUAAAAGUGAUUCAGGACUUACCUGUUGGCCAGACUCUUUAUGAUCACCCUGGAGUACUAGGACCACUGUUUACCGGGUCAUUGACGCUGAAGUCCACCAAUCCCUACCACCAUCCCAACUUUCAAUAUCAAUACUUCGACGACGAUCGCGAUCUGCAAGCGUUAGUUCACGGAAUCAAAACGGCAUUAGCGAUCACCGCCCAGAAGCCUUUCCGGGAACUUGGCGUAGAGCUAUACCGGACAAAGGUUCCCGGCUGCGAGCGAUACGCCAUCGAAGAUGACGACUACUGGCGCUGUUACGUGCGGACCAUGACCACGUCGGUGUGGCAUUAUGUUGGAACCUGCAAAAUGGGCAACGAUUCGGAUCCAAGUGCUGUUGUGGAUGAGCGGUUGAGAGUACGGGGUCUCAGGAAGCUGCGAGUAGUUGACGCCAGUGUCAUUCCGGUUUCCCCGUUGGGGCACACUUCGGCUUACGUCUACAUGAUUGGCGAGAAGGCCGCCGAUAUGAUCAAGGAGGACAAUGAAUCGUCGUAA